AUGUUUUUCACGAUUCACCACAAAAGUGUUAAACAUAAAUGUGGUACUCUAGCACGAGUUGUGUGGUUCAGAGUAGUACUAGAUGAAGCUCAGACAAUCAAGAAUCACAGAACACAAGUGGCAAGAGCCUGUUGCUCGCUUCGAGCCAAAUGGAGGUGGUGUUUGUCUGGAACUCCAAUACAGAAUACGAUUGAUGAUUUAUAUAGCUAUUUCAGGUUUCUUAAAUAUGAUCCGUAUGCCGUGUACAAGUUCUUUUGCAAUACACUCAAGUUUCCAAUUUCCAAAAAUUCUCUUCAUGGUUACAAGAAGCUUCAAGCUGUUCUAAGGGCUGUAAUGCUACGCCGUACCAAAGGAACAUUGCUUGAUGGGCAACCCAUAAUUAACCUACCUCCAAAGAAAGUUAAUUUGAGCAAGGUGGACUUUUCAGUGGAGGAGCGGUCCUUCUACAGGAAACUUGAAGCAGAUUCACGAUCACAGUUCAAGGCCUAUGCUGCUGCAGGAACUUUGAGCCAAAACUAUGCAAAUAUUCUUUUGAUGCUUUUGCGACUACGCCAAGCUUGUGACCACCCACAGCUAGUUAAAGGAUAUAACUCAGAUCCUGUUGGAAAAGAAUCAGAAGAAGCUGUCAAAAGACUUCCUAGGGAGGCUCGAAUCAACCUGCUCAAUCGUUUAGAGUCAUCCUCUGCCAUCUGCUGUGUCUGUGAUGAUCCACCAGAAAACCCUGUUGUUACAUUGUGUGGCCAUGUAUUUUGCUAUCAGUGUGUUUCAGAGUAUGUAGCUGGGGAUGAGAACACGUGCCCUGUACGGAGAUGCAGAGAACAGCUUGGGCGUGAUGUUGUUUUCUCUGAAUCUGCCCUUAGAAAUUGUAUCACCGAUGAUUUAGGCUGCAGCUCUUCACAGGAUAUUGAUCUCGAUAAAUCAGUUAUUCUAAAAAACGAGUUUAGUUCAGCAAAAAUCAAAGCUGUCCUUGAUAUCCUGCAGUCGCUAUCCAAACAAGGCAGUCCAAACUCAGCACAGCAUGGUCAAAUGUCUUCUUCCUCACAGCCAUAUGACGAUGAUGAUGUUACCAUAUGGACUGGUAUGCUUGAUUUGAUUGAGAUGUGUUUUGAUGACAAAUGUAUAGAAUUCAGAAGAUUAGAUGGUACGAUGAGUCUAGCAGCAAGAGACAGAGCUGUAAAAGAAUUCAGCAAUGAUCCAGAUGUAACGGUGAUGCUGAUGUCUCUAAAAGCUGGAAACCUUGGGCUGAAUAUGGUAGCUGCAUGUCAUGUUAUUCUUCUGGAUCUUUGGUGGAAUCCAACAACCGAAGAUCAAGCUAUUGAUCGUGCACAUCGUAUUGGACAAACUCGGCCAGUUACUGUUACUCGCAUUACUAUAAAAGAUACCGUUGAGGAUAGAAUUUUGGAGCUUCAGGAAGACAAAAGGAAAAUGGUUGCAUCUGCAUUUGGUGAAGAUCGUGGUGGAAGCUCUGCAACACGACUGACAGUAGACGAUCUCAAAUAUCUGUUUAUGGUGUAG